AUGGAUUUGAAAUUCAUUUAUCAACCUGAAUUUCAUUUUCGAUUUUUCACUUUCUCUGAAAAACCAAAAGAAAUCGCUCCAUGUAUUCAUGAAUACGAAUAUAUACCUUUAGUAACACUUGAAGAAGCAGUUGAACCAUUAGUAAUAUGCAUUCCUCAAGUAAAAGAUAUGAUUAAAUUAGUAAAAGAAAAAUGUCAACAACCAAAAGAUAAUCUUUCUAUAGAUGAAUCAGCUUCAAUUAUGCUUUAUACAAUGGAAUGGAAACCGAAAGAAGAUUCAUUUUAUUAUAUAUUGAAUCGAAAACUUCAUUUAAAUGAUCAUAAUGAAUUAAUACCUUGGCAUUUUUAUUUGAAAUUAAUUUCUACAUCAUUAUCAAAAUUACCAAAAUUAUCUAGUCGAAUUUUUUAUCGAGCAAUUCAUUUAGAUUUAGAAAAUAAAUAUCGAUUGAAUAAAAAAAUUUUUUGGUAUGAAUUUUUAUCAUGUAUUUCAUCGUUAAAAGUGUUUGAUAAAAAAGAAUUUGAUUUUGUAUCAACGGGAAUUCGUACUUUAUUUAUUAUUCAUAGUAAUCAUGGAAGAAAUAUAAGUCAACAUUCAUUCUACAAAAUAGAGCAUGAAAUAUUACUUCCACCCGGACAACGAUUUGAAAUUGUUUCAUAUUACAAAUCAAACAAUGAACUUCAUGUUAUUGUUUUAGAAGAAAUUUCAUGUACAGAUUCUAUUGAAACACUAUUUUCAACACUAACCAAAAAUGUAAAUUCAAGAUCGUUUGAUUUAUUAUUUCGAAAACGAAUUAAACAUUAUGAGAGCUAUUGUGAAAUUAAUUUGAAAAAUCAAAAUUUAACAGAUAUUCAUAUGAAUAUUAUUACUGAACAAGCUAUUAAAAAUAAAAAAUGUAUUUGGCUUUCAUUACAAAAUAAUAGAAUUACUUCAGAAGGUCUAUGUAUUAUAGCUGAUGGUUUAAAGGAAAAUGCAUCAUUAGAAUCAUUGGAAGUCAUAUUUACUAAAUUCGGUAAAGUAACUAAAACACAUGUGAGUAUACAUAAAAUUAUGAUUAUAAUUAUACAUGUUUUAUUUGUCAUUUAUUUAAGAUUUUGAGAAAUGGUAGU